GCUCAAACUAAUAUGGCCGACACUUUCAUUGCCAGAGAUGCAGACAAUGAAAGCAAAGGCAAAUACUCACCCAACAAUGCCAACAAAUCAGCUCUCAUCACAAGUCCAAACAAGAGGAAAGCUACAAAUGAGGAUGAAGGCGAACCGACGGAAAAGAAAAAGUUUGCGAUAAAUUUCAGUAUGAAAAAGCCAGUGGAUAGUGUGCAAUUAGGCAAUAGUCCUAAACAGAGUGUCCUGCCUAUAAAAAUGUCUUUAGCAUCACAGAAACCCAAAGAGACCUCUACCACGGUCAAACCCAAAACAGCAGCUGUAGCCAAAGCGUUUGCAGAAGAUAGUGACGAAGAAGAAAUGCCACCUGAAGCCAAGAUGAGGAUGAGAAACAUUGGCAGGGACACGCCAACAGCGGCUGGGCCAAAUUCUUUUGGAAAAGGUCGACUCGGAUUCUGUGAUAGACAGAAGAUGGUAGAGAAAGAGAUUAUAAAACAUAUAGAAGAGGUGGGGGAAGACUGAAAAUUUUCAUCUUUUUGAAUUUUUGAAGAUAUUUUUCCAAUCGGAGCUAACACUCUUACUUUUGCAAUGCACUACAUUCAAUACCAUCGACUGGAAGACAAGUCUGAUGUGCACCAUGACAGUGCACUUCGGACAGGCAUGUGAAUAAGACACAAAAAACUGGACCAAUGGCGACUUAUAAGAUUUUAACAAUACUGGUGCAAUCAUUCCAAAAGUGUGAGCAAUCCUUUGUGAUGGUCGAACAUUUAUCUUGAGCCACAUAAUUAAAUUUUAAAUAAAAAACAGUGUAAAUAUUUAAAGAGAACUCUAACCUUUUACAAGGGUUAAUUUGAUCUCUUGUAAACCUGACUAAAAAAGGAGCAAACAUUUUUAAAGUGUAUUUUACAAAUUGAUGUCAUCGGUGCAAGUCUUGUAUAUUAUUAUACGCUUAAGGGGAGGUAAUCUUGGCUAGGAUUGGAGAAAGGAAGCGAAAGGGGAGGUAAUCUUGGCUAGGAAUGGAGAAAGGAAGCGAGAAAUGGAAAGAUUCGGGGCCUGUGACAAUAUACAUUCAACUGCUGGCCGAGAAUGUACAAUAUACCUUUCUAGCAGUGUAGUAGGGGUGCGAGAUAUCUAUUUCUGUGUCUGGCCGACACAGUAUCAUGAAGUCAGAGAUCUUUUUCACGGGAAAUCAGCUUUAUACAGAGUGGCUCAUAUCUGUUGUGUUUUCUCAUCUCAUGUAUGAAAAUUAAAACAAAUUCCUGAUAAGGAAUAUACUCAACAUAUUUGAACAGGAACAUUCAUACUGUACAUCGAAUAACCCGGUUAGAAAUUUACAUCUCUGUUUAGAAGUGUUUAUUCUGUUUGUACAUGUCAAUUAUGGUAUGUUUGAUUUGAAAAUAUUUCUAUUUUACUUAAUUUAUUUACAAGUAAAUAAUUUUCAAAGAAGGGUCAGAAGACUUAAAGGGGUUUGACAGAUUUUGUGAAUAUAAUCUGUUAAAUUCUGGAAUAAAAUUUUCAAUCUAGUUUUCAUUUACAUUAUUUUCUUACGUGUAUUUUCUGCUUCAGGCAAUAACUCAGUUAUUGACCCUUAGUUAGUCUCACAGACAAAAUUUGUUUGAUUUUCCUGGAGAUAUUGAACCUCAUCAGUUAUCUUGAGUGACUGUUCCUCAGUUCAGGUAGAAAUUUAUUUGUGUUUGCUUUAAUUUGCCUGGAGAUACUGCUCGUCACAUAUCUUACCGUGAUUGACCGUCAUCUAAAAAUGACAUACAUAAUGUAUUUUGCAACAUUUCAACAGUCUUCAUAUGAACUUGGCAGUUGCAAGGGCAUAAAAUUAUAACAAACAGUUUCUUUUUUCUUUUUCUGAUUUAUCCAACAGUUAUACUUAAUUGUAGCCUGUAUGGAGCUUGUACAGAGCUACAUUUGGUUCAAACAUUUUGCAGAUUUUUUUGCAAGGGAGGAGGUGUUAAAAUAUUUCAACGUGGCCAACAGGUCCAUCUCAUUACUGGACCUAGUUGGUAUAUUAUCUAUGUAUGGGACAGUAAAAUUUGGGUCAGACACAUCAGAGCAUCUCACUUGAUUAUCAAGCUAUGAUCAAAGACAUGAUUAAUACACUCAUUUUAGGGAUUCAACUUUCUGCAGAAGUUUGAAUAGGUUUUAUCUUUAUUUUAUGAAAAAAAAUAGUAACAAAGGUGUGUAUGUCUGAAAAAAAUUUAACAGUUAUGGACAAAAAUUUGGUUUCCUUGUGGGGUAAUCUUCUACGUCUGUUAGCCCCUUUAAGCUAAUCUACAAUAAUUAGCUGUUCAGGGGUAUAUUUAAAACUCUGUAGUCGGGUUAUAGCGAAGGACCAUGUUGUGGAACUUGUGGGUGUCCUUCAUAAUCCUUUUGUACCUCACAUCUGUCUACUGAUCUCGUGUGACAGCUUGGCAUUAUCAACAAAAGGAUAUACAUGUACAUGUAUAACAAAAAAGAGGUUGUGUUAUUAUGACUUUGUUCGCUGUCGUAUAAGAUAUUGGAAAAUGUACUCAUUGUGUGAUUAGUAUCAGCAAAUACGGUGUAAAUAUAAGAAUAUUAUAUUAAACAUAUGAGAUUUUAAAUUAAAGAGUUUAUGUGUAAUUACCAACACUUAAGAUUCUAUAUUGGAUAUUGUUAUAAGGGGGGAUUUGUAUUUAUAUAUUAUAAUAGAAGUAAUAUACUUGUCAUAUUUAGGAGGUACUGUUGUACUGUGUUCAUUACAAAAAACAAAUAAGACCCUAUCCACAAAUAAGCCCUGUCCACACAUACCAGGUAGAUGCCAACAUAUAAUAUAAGCUCCUGUCCACAAAUAAGCCCCAGUACCCAAAUAAGCCCUUGUCCCAAAAUAAGCCCCUGUCCUCAAAUAAGCCCUAAUUCACAAAUAAGCCCUGUCCACAAGUAAGCCCUUGUCCACAAAUAAGCCCCGUCCUCAAAUAAGCCCCAGUACCCAAAUAAGCCCUUGUCCCAAAAUAAGCCCUUGUCCCAAAAUAAGCCCUUGUCCACUAGUAAGUCAUUGUCCACAAAUAAGCCCUUGCCCACAAAUAAGCCCCUUCCCACAAAUAAACCCCCCUUUAUUCAUCUUUGCAAAAUCAUCAAUUUUAAAAAUAUUACAGGUAGAAAGAAAUAAGCCCGCCAUAAACUUUGAUACUAAACUUUAACACCCGAAUUCGAAGGGGCUUAUUUUUUUAGGAUGAAUCUAAUAUGAUAAUCAUAUUGUUUGAUAGAAAUUACAACACAGUUGUCAGUAAUCUGUAAGUUAUUAAUUGUCUCUUAUAUAAAAUUUACUGUAAAUAUUUGACGACUUUUUGACAAAGGGAGCUGUUUAUCCAAGUCAUUUUACUUUAUAAUGUUCUAGUACUGAAUAUUUUGAUAACCUAAGGGGGGAUAAUCCAGUAUUUGCAGUUGAAACUAAUCAACAAAUUUGUAUGUCAAGUAUAGUGCUGGCCAAGUCUUUCCUUGUAGUUUAAAUUGAAAAAUGAGUUUCCCAGCUGUAUUGUGUAAUUGAAUAUAAAUCUUGGUUAUGUACCUUGUCAAAUAUGUUGGCUGCUUUAAAGGAAGAAGUCCAGUAUUUAUUUUAUCUCUUUCAAUCUUAUCAAUUUUAAUGGGACUUUUAUUGCAAUGGGUGUUUUGGUAAUCAUUAUAAUUGAUUUACGAAUGAAUUAUCAUAACAGGGUAUUUUAAGUAUCUAAAUAUCGUAAGUAGUUUUAAGAAUUUUAAAACUUUUUUUUUCUAAUUCAAAUUCUUAAUUCCUACAGGAUUUGUCCUAAAUAUUUUGUUUAUUGCUAAAAGUACAAAUUAUCAUAUAUUUUUUUUCUAAAUCCUGUUACAAAUCAUACUUAAUACCUAAAUUAAUUAUUUAGUAGAAACACAUGAAAUUCCUUAUGGCAACUUUUUAUGAUCUCGCAUUGCCAGGCAAACUCAUCACUUGCAUUGUAGGUUAUUUUGAAAAUAUUUAGCAAAUAAUUUCAUUUUAUUUUCAAUGUACGCCAUUUGAAAUUUUGCAACUGCAUUAAAACUAAUCCUGUCAAAAAUAAUUAAGGAUUAAUUUGAAUACAGGCACAUUAUUAGUCAACAUUUUCCAACUUUUUCAGUGUUAUUUAAAGUUACCAUUUUAAUGAUAUUUUUUUUCACAAAAGUAUCUUUGACCUUUUAUCAUAUUACAGGUUUCCUGAUGUUAAGAUAAAUCUUAUCUACAUUAUAAGAGCAUGCAUCUUGUAUUAUUAUGUGAUUUCAAGAAUAAAUAUGGAACCAUU